CUACUGGUAAAUUGUAACUGAUUGUUUAAGAUGGAGAAGAGAGGUGAAAUGUCACAGUUUCUCAGAGUACUUCCCCUCUGCAUCCACACACUUUUGACAUUUCCGAAUCCAUUCCUUGAAGGCCUGCAGAUAGUCCUCUUUUGGAAUCGUCUUCAGACACUGGUAAGCUGCGCUUCCAAGCACUUCUACUGUCAUAUGACCUUCCUCCCAGCUUGUUCAGUCUAAGGAAGACCUAAAAGUCACUGGGUGCCAAGUCGGGGAAUAGGGUGGAUGUGGGAGACUACAAUAUGGCAUUGCGGAUGCUAUUUGUAUUGAUCAAGUCCUGUAUGACUGCAAAUCUGUGAGCAGGAGCAUUAGAUGUAUUUUGAUGCAUGAAAAUUUGCUUCAUUCAUGUUUUGGGGAGUCUGUUUAUGUAGUGUUUCUGUAUUUCUGGCAGAACUAGUCUUUUGAUGUAGUGUUUCCAUUUUUCUGGCAGUACUUCAGUGGCAUUUGCUUUCCAGUGACUGAAGUACAUGUCAUCUUUGGGAUGGGUAUCUGGGUCACUGUGUAGUGUUCAUCAAAGAAAAUAAUACACAAAAUGUUCUUGGUACUCUUGAAUCGUUUGUCAUUUUAUCCCCUCCUUGUGGCACCCAAACUUUUUGCUGUCCUUUAAUUUCUGGUUGCAAAAAGGAAAGCCAUGUGUCAACUCCGCUUACAGUCUUUUUCAUCCAUCUGUCAGCGGCACGUUCAUACUUGUAAAGCACAUAUUUUGCCACAUCUAUACUCUCUUUCCUUUGCUCCUCACCAAGAAUAUGAGGUACCCACUCAAAACAAAAUGUCCUCAUUUGCAGAUGAAUUGCCACAAUCUUGCAUGCACUUCCCUUUGAAAUGUUGACUGUUGUUGCUUUCUCUUCAAAGGUCAUACCUCCAUCAUUUUCAAUUAGAUCUUUCACCGUGUGCACUUUUUUCUGGGAUGCAAGCAGAAGCAGGUGUUUGUGAUUUGGGGUCAUCUUUCACACCCUCCCUGCUUUCUCUAGAACAUGCAAUCCAUUUAGAAAUAGCUACAUUUGGCCACAUAAGUCUUCAAUGAAUCAGUGCACAUUUCUGUGGUUCCACGAUCAAGUUUAGUACACUUUUACGGAAGCAACUGAUGUACAGAUCCAUCUUGGGGUUACAGUCCUCCGGGGGAGUCCACAUGAAAUUUUUUCGUGGCUGUGUGAGUUGCGUUGACCUUUCGUCGGUGUUGGUGGCUGUACCGGAGGACUGGUUUCUGUCAUGGAAAUAUUUCUUUAGGCGGAGACGUCUAAAGAAUGCCUCCAGAUUGGCACACAGCGAUACUUUGAGAGGUACAGAUGGGCAGAACGUCAGGCCUCAAGACAACGCUGAAUGUUCCGGGCUAGUGGAGCGUCGCGCCAUACAGAGCCUCAAGACAACGACCCCACAUCCACCUACAAAGAGGAACUGAAAUCCCUACUCAGCACACUUCCGGCAGACACUCGACAUUCAAUCCAGAGUGUGACGGCUAACAACUCCAAACCAGAACUUCACAUUCCAGUCUUGUAUGAAGCUCCAGAGAGUGGCACAACUUGGCAUCUAACUUCUGCAUGUAUUUGACUCACAACAUCUGUCAUGAAAAAGUAUUAGAGUGCCAACUAAAAUCAUCCACAAUAGAGCAGCCCCUCAAAUCUCAUCCUUCACCCAAGUUCUGUGGGGAUCACCUAAACUUUUGUCUUGCAUCACAUCAUUGGAAAGAAUUCUUGACCGGUAUGAUAGAAAAAAUAAUGGCAUCUCUUAGCACGUGAAGCCUGCCAAGAUUUUCACCAGGGACUUGCAAGCAAGACGACGGCCGUGAUUGAGGAGCAGCGACUAGUUGCUGCCCCUUCCCAGCAUGCCCUGCUGUUCCCUUACGGCGGCAGCAGCAUGUUGAAGGGGGGCCGAUCUAUGCGCCUCAACUGGCGGGAGUUGAUGAUCAUCGCUGUCCAGCCUGCCAAGUUCUUCUCCAAGGAAGGCCCACUGUACAUGAAGAUUGUCCCAAGCGGUUGGAGGAAAAAAGGCGAAAUUUACAGUGAAAGAUGGUGUCGUCUGAGGGGGAACCUCCUUUUCUACUUCAAAGGUCGCGACCUCUUAUCAGAGCCCCAGGGGGUUGUGGUCCUGGAGCAGUGCUUCAUAAAGGAGGAAUAUGGCGAGAUUCAGUCCUUCGCUUUCUGUGUGGAGUACAUAGGAGAAGAACACAACCAGUUCUUUGCCGCACACUCGGCUGAGCUGCGUGACGAGUGGGUGGCGCUCUUGCAGUCGGCCAGCUACGAGAACCUUCGCUCCCAGCUACAGAGCCUGCGCCUGCAGCUGAUGGCCAGGACGGGUCAGGAUCCCAUCGAUGAGGAAAGACAUGGGGUCAUGGGUCAAACAGACCCCGGCGACUCUGUGUCUGAGCCCAUCUUGGAGAUGUCUGUAUCCUGCACGGACUUGCCCAAGAACAGCUUUGGUGAAGCACCCAGCACCUUUGUGUCGGUCAGCUGCGUCACACCACCAGACACUCGGUGGUCCAAGAGUGGCCAGACAGAGAUCAUCAGUCGGAGCUGCAGCCCUUUCUUUCUGACCACCAUCUCCUUUGAGACCACCAGGAACAUAUCUGUUAUCACUCGGUUACGGGCCAACGUGUAUGAAGUCCAGGACAGGAACAUGCAUACGGAAAGAAGAAUAUUCAAGGUGUCACCCAUUGGCCAGGUCAUCUGCUCAUUCCGUGACAUUGUGACCUCCCCCGAUAACAAGCUGGUCCGUGACAUCAUCGGUGCUGAUGGUACGCCCAUAGGAGGCAAGAUCACUGUUCUGCUGUGGGAACUAGAUGAUGCAGAAGAUAAGCCCCAAGCCGUCAUCAAGAGAGACAACCCUUCCAAUCACGUGUACCCAUCCCAUGCCCCAAAGUCAGGCUACAGUGCCUCUGCGACAUCCCGCUACCCUAAUGGGGGCAUGAUGAGGAAUCGGGCUCACUCCCUGGCUCGCAGCGCCUACUUGAAGAGCCUGUGCUGCAACCCCUGCAAUAAGACCUAUCGUUUUCCCAACAGCGACGGCACCUCCAUGGUGCAGGUGCAGGAGACCAUGAUGGAGAGCCGCCUCAACUUUUACAUCCCCCAACAGAUUAUAAAAAUUUAUUUGCAAGAAGAGAAACGGAAACUGGAGGAACUAAAUAUGUUUGAGGAACUCUCUCAUGAAUGGGAAAGAGUCCGAUCAGCCGUUAUGACGGAGCAUGUCACCAUGAUUGCUAGAUAUAACGAAUCCUUGGAAUUUCUCAGUAAACAGACGAAAGGCCCCCAGUUCAAGAAGAGCACAGCCAAGUCUGAUAAACUGCUGGAGUUUGUGCCCAUCAAUCUACAUCUGCAAAGACUGAGGGUGGAGGAAUCAGGCUGCAGGGAGUCCUUGUAUGACAUGAUCACUGUUGGAGCCCCAGCAGCACAUUCUCUGAAAUUCAGGCAUGGUGGAUUGAAAAGAAUGCUACAACACUACACAGAGGAACAGUCAAGAUCAAGUACCAAAAAUUUGUCCCUUCAAGCUGCCAAGACGCUAAGUCAGAUUUCGGACCUGAAAAACAGCAUAGACUGGUUGGCGAGUGAUGUCUUAUCAGCUGCUAGACACGUCAGUUUGGAGAGCAUGAGGAACAAGACAGCGGCACUCAAUGAAAAGGUUACUGAGCUGCUGAAUGUCAUCAAUGAGAACUUCAUGGAGGAAGCCUUCAAUAGUUACCGCAAUGCCUCCUUCCGUGGUUCACCUGUUAAGACUCCCCAUGGCAGCAGCAGUGGUGGUAGCAGCAGUGCCAACAGUAAUGACAAGUCCACCACCAAGGGCUCCUCCUCGCCCUGUGACAGUGGCAACAGCAGUAGCCGCACUAGUGGCAUCAGCGACGAGUUGCAGCUGACGCUGCACAGCAAUCGCUUUAGCUCAGCCAGCAGCAUGGGCAGCACCAGCAACCACCAGCACCAGCAGCACAGCCAGGUCAGCAGCAGCAGUUGCAGCAGUCGCAGUCCCUAUGAGGACUGGGAGUGGGACGGCAUGUCCUUUGUCAAGUCCCCCGGUGCUAACAUUGUCGGUUGCAGCGGCGGUGUUACAUCCUGUGAAACUAACAGUCGCUGUGGUGGGGGGAAAAUGUUAAGCUCUUGGACGAGCAUGAUGAUCAAGAACUUAUCAGAGUACAUGAAUGUCAUCCGCCAAGUAGUUGAAAUUUUGCCUCACACGGCAUCCCCAAAGGAGCGGGUUGGGGCCGUGGAAUCCAGUAUCAAGCACCUCAAGGAAUGCAUUAGCCAGGUACAGGAGCAGGCCAAGUACAGCAUAGCCUUCCUCAGGAUGCAGGAGGAGCACAGUAACUUAAGUUUCCUGCAGUCCCUGCAGUGCAGGAGAGAUAUUGUCUUCUCACAAGCUUUGACGGCUCUUGUAACUGGUAUGAUGAUCAAAUUCAGGGAGAAUAUCUUCAACAAGGUCUUCAUGAGCCAGAUGAGCUCUCUGGGCAUAUUGGCACACUUUGAGGGUCUGAUCAGUACACACGGUGAUGAGAUGGGCAUGUUGGAAGACUUUGCAGUUGGUAUCCAUGACCUAGGUGGGGUCACAUUUAAGAUUGUCAAGACCAGUACCACAGAUGCAGACACCAUGCCAGUACUCACUGGUACACGGUCCAGUGUGGUGGUCAUUAUUCCAGUACUGCCCUCCAUGACAGAUGCCAUACCAGAGGAGCUUCUGAGCGGACAGCCCAUCAAGGUUUACCCGGCACUCUUCAACAUUGGUGUCAAUGAGGAACAGACAAUGGCUGAAAUAUUUGGCGAUACCUCACUCCAAGACACCAUCAACCAAGACAGCUUGCAAAAGCUGGACAACUACUACAGCCGUCUUGUGCACAUGAUACCCCAGAAAGAUUGGAGGGAGACCCGUAGUUCCGUCUCUUUGGAUGUUCUAAUGAGCAGUCUUAGACAUCACAUCAGCACUAAAAAGAAUAAAAAUGUCGAAAUCCUGCAUAUCAGCUCACAGUUGGCACGUCGUUUGGAUGGCAUCCGCUUCACAUCCUGCAAGAGUGCCAAGGACCGCACUGCAAUGUCUGUCACUCUGGAAGAAUGCAUGAUUCUACAAGACGAACAUCAACUCCACUCCCAGAUGUUUACUCACCUCUUAGACACCAUGAGAAGUGAGGGCACCCGUCGUGACAACACACGGAAGAAUGUGGGUUCCCCCAAGUAUGCCUUCAACAAGAUGCAGUUGAGGGCGUUCCCCAAGCUGUACCGCCCACCCGAGGGUACAUAUGGAAAAACUGUGGCCACAUAGCAGGAGGCAGAACAAACUUGAAACUCUAGCCUACUAACUUUACAGUGUCAAUAACUUGAGAGAGAGAAAAAGUGACCCUUGAACUCAAUUACCAUACUGCUUGAACCCUAUUUGACCCCUGACCCAAGGUCGUUGUAUGAGGAAACUGUGCAGCUUAUGAAUAUAUCUGAUGCGUCUCAGGAAUAUUGGAGCUGGCAUCACUAUACUACGGGUUAUUACACUCUUUUAAACCAUACUGACAUACAGUGUGGAUCGUUUGAUCUGGCUGAGACAUGUCAGGGUCAGAGGUCAUGCCAACUGCAGUUACCAAGGUCUACUGUUGGCACAGCCUGAGGGGCGGAAGUAAGGAACAUGUGGCCUCACAAGGAAUCGUCCAGUCUCACUGGUGUAAGACAGGAUUCCAGCUCAGUCUUUGUUGCCCUGAGGAGGACAUUGCCGUGCAAUGAUGUCUUUUGAACCAACAACCGAGAAUGCCGUUGUCAGGUGUGACCCCCAAAAGCCACAAAUAAUUGGUGAAUAAUACGCUCCAGUUUGUCGAAAUUUCAGUGGUCCUGGGUUAAUGGUACAAUUAUGAGGUGAUGACUAAUGAUUCUAUUCAUAUAGAAAAAAAAAUCACUAGCAAAGGUGUUGCUAAGUUGUUAGUUAAACCCAUUCAAGGACAAAUGCAACUUGUUUAUUUGAUUUAUUUUUCUUGCAUGGUGCAGGGAUUUUCUUUACAGUAUUUCAAAAAAUUGCAUGAAUUGGCAAUAAUUUGUUUAAUUUGUUUCACAUACAUUAUGAAUCAAGUUUCGCAGCUUUCAGCAAGAUUCUUAAGGUUGGUUAGGUGAAAUAACUUGUUGAUGUUGAAGAACUCUCAAAAGAAAUGUUGCCAGACCAUAGUUUGGACAGUACUCUGUGGCUAUUUGCUGUUUAGAAAAACCAGAAAUGAAGGUGUCGUGACCAGAGAUAUGAGAAACUGAAGUAUCUUUGUAUUGCUGUGUUGAUAAUUGUAUGUCCAUGAAUUAAUUCAGCCUUGUACUCAUGUCCCAUACUUUUAAAGGCUGUUUUGAAUUUGUAGGUAAACACUCCUAAAUUGCCACGUUUUGGAUGUACAUAAAUGUAAUGUAAAAAUUUUGUAAACUGUUGUGUAAAAUACCACGGAUAUAUAUAUAUAUAUAUAAUUACAAAGAAAAAAAACCAAGUGGAGAAUGAUAUUUUAAAGGAAACACUCCACACAGAAUUAAGGGUACUAGUUUAUUUAGAAUGAAACACAUACACAAAACAAAUCUUUAUUGAGUCAUCUUUGAUGUUUUUUUCUUCCAUUAAUAUUUUAACAAAAUGAUACUGAUGUUUUGGUUUUAAAGGAGAGACUUUUAUUAAAUACUGAGUUUGGUUGUUUUGGUUUUAAAGGAAAGACUUUUAUUAAAUACCGAGUUUUGUUGAAUGUAAUUUUGUUUUUCAGAUCGGAUCAAGGUACCUGUCAAAGAAACUUUGGCGUAGUUGUAUCAGGAAAUAUCAGAUUCAGCUCAAAGUCUCAAUAUUAAAAGAAUUCAGUAGUAUUUAUGGAGAGGAAAAAACAGAGCAAUUCAUCUUAGAGCAUGAGGCUGAUUAUGUUACUUGACUACCAAGAAUAUAUGAGCAUUUUGUCCAUAUUUGUCCUCAGCACCUGCAAGAAACAGACAAAUUUAGCAGGAGAUAUUUUUUCUUUAGAUGUGUUAAAAGGAAGGGUGAACUGUGAGGCAGCACAGCACUCAGUGCCAGUUUGCCAGAUUUUCUUACUUAAACAAGAUCUUCUAGUUGGCAUUUCAUGCACCCAACAAAAGCUAAAAUUGGCCUCUGCAUAAGAAAUGGGAUUCAGAAGCCAAACAUGUCAUGCAUGUAGUCUGUCCCUGUAAUUACCCUUUGUGAUACAUAUAUUUCUCAGAUAUUACAGGGAUGUUUGUUGGAAAAUAGUGAGGCAUUUUGUUGUUUUUAGUUCUUAGAAUUCACUUAGAUUGUUGCUGUGUUCCAGCCACUGUGGUUGUGUUCAAGUAUGUUACUUGAAUGUACUGCAAAGUGUACAAACAGGAAGUAGAAUAACGGGGAGUAUGUUCCUGCACCAAGUGGGUUAUUUUAAGAUGGAGGAAAAGGUAAUCAUUGUGCAGUGUGAUCUGCCAGUAGCACACAUUUCCAUAUCUUCCUACCCCACAAGUAUCAAAAGUAAUAUUCAUGAACAAAGCCACUGUGCUUACAAUGUUCACAGCUGAUUUUGUGUUGCUUUGUAUUUAGUAAGUGUUGAAGUGGAAUAAAAUGAAUACUUUUCCCUGAGUUAACUGGUGAAAACAAGUUGGUGAUACCAAGAACAAGGGAAUUACCAUUGUGGCUAGACCAUUGCUUUUAAGUGCAUGUAGUUCUUUGUACAAAAAUUGGGAGAACAUCAACCAAUAACUGCUAUCUAAAAAUACCACCUUUGGGGAAAAACUUUAUUUAAAACAUAAUGUAUUUGGACAGGGAUUCUGAGUUUUUGUAAAUUAUUAAGGAUAUUGUUUCUUAUGAUUUUUGUACAGUUUCUUGCUACAGUAUGUAAGAAAUAUGUCACUGCGCCUAUUUUCCACCGUCCUUUUAACAAUCUAUAUCAUGAACUUUCUGACAAGUACAGAUACUGAUGCUUCUAACAAGAAAGUAUAAGGAAAAACACACAUAACUUCACAUCUUUUUCUGAUGAGAUGUUUAAAUUAUAAGAUGUUUCAUUUAUUGUACAGACCAUUUUCUUUUUACAAGUUUUCUUUUUUUUUCUUGAUAGGUUAUUAGUUUUUAAAAUUUGACACCAAUAUGUAAAUUCCCAACAUUUGUUUGUACCAUUGUUUGCAACCCAUUCAAUAUCCGUUUUCUUGAAUUCUAAUGAAGUAUUGUAAAUCAUCUGACAUGAACAGCCUGUUGUAAAAAUUCAUUCUUCAAAAACAGGAAAUGCCAGGUUGUGAACAUUGCAGGGUUUAUCUGGCAGGUCUGUGGGGGAAAAAAAGAAUGACAAGGAUCAUGAAUGAGGGUGAAAAUUAUCAGCUGACUCAAAUGAACCAUAAUUUUUUCUUAUUUUUUUAAAUAGAUGUACAGCUAAAUUAUGUGCCCAUUUGUGCUCUUUUUUUUAUCGGUGUUUCUUAUUUGUGAAUCUUUAAAGACACUUUCAAUUGAGAGCUUGAGUUUUUUUAAAUUUUAUUUUUUAUUUGGCAGUUAAAUGGCAAACAGUUAAACAUUAAUUUGAUUUUGCUUCACAGCACAACUUUUUAACAAAAUUGUUAAUGCCUGUAAGAAGGUUGCCAUUUAUUUUAUGCAUAAUUGUUGCAUCUUUGUGUAUGUUAUGGUACACAUUGGUAAAUUUCAAAACUGUCGUGUAAUCAAUAAUGCCAUUUGCUCUUUUAAGAUGUUGUUCCUCAGUAAAUGUUGAUUUUUUUUGUGGAAUCAAUACCCCUUAUUUAUUUUAAUGCGUUCAUCUUUAAUUACUGUUCAUUGUUGUCGGAAAUAAAAUGGAGAACUUGUAUUGAAUCAACACAAUAUUCAUUUAAAUUUGAUCAAGAAAACUUGCUUAUUUUGCUGACACCUAUAACCAAUUAACCAUUUAAGGUUUUUCACCAUUGUCGCUCGCAAAAGUCUGGCCAUCGUAGGAGAAAGUUUGGUUUAUUUUUGGAAAAUGUAAAAUGGUGUGCAUAGAUAUGACCGCCUUCUGUGUUUCGUCAAUAUUAUACAGUGUACAUGUAAUUAUAAAUGAACAAUUUCGAACAAGACGGAAGUUGCAGACGACAGCGCUUUUCUGUGGUAGAGGGCGCUCUGUGAAAUUUUUUGACAGGAGCAUCGCAUGUCUGGUACCCAGUCUCGCGGUCAUUGAUGGGUCGUUGUGUAUAAUGGACAUCAUUGGCCGACACUGACUGUGUUACGUUUGCGUUCAGUGUUAUUUUAUUCAGUCGACUAAAACACAUUAUUCAUGCAUGUUCAUGUACUUGCAUGCAGGGCUACAUGUGGAGUCGGCCAGAGGACUGGGGACGAGCCUUGUUUUUUGUUCUUUAGAAUCUUUGAACUGCCUUUUUCAGGAAUCAUGGACAGUCUUCGUCUUUGCCUCCUGAUCCUCUCCUGUUUCAUCCUAGUAACUACAGUUGUCAGCAGUGACUGUGUGGAGAAGGAGUUCUAUGGAUGUGAUCAGAUUGACAAGCAGUGUGUUUGCUCCACCAAGAUGGCAUGUCACAACCCUUUUGACUACCGAAGUGACAAGCGAUGCCAAAGAGCCCUCUUUGGAGACACCUGCCGCAAGAAUGACUGUGAGAACAAGGGCCAGUGUGUACAGACCAAGAACAAUGUGUACCUUUGCAAGUGUGAAGGCACUGGCUUCUAUGGCCAUCGCUGUGAGAAAAAAUGUCCCAAAGAUCUGUCCACAGUUCCUGAUGAAGACCGACUGGAUGCCCAAGCCUGUGUCUUCUAAAUCCAGCCUACCAGCCCUCGGUAUCUCAUGACAAUCUGAACAAUGUACAUGCUACUGCCUGCUGAAUAAUAUACCAUUGGUGCUAAUUAUGUAGGAGUAUUUAUUGGAAGUAUGUUCACACUUUAAAAUGAGCCGCUUGUACACUGACUUCCUUUUUGUCAGGGACACAACACUCCUGUGUAUUGAAUACUCUCCUUAAAAAAAUUGUUUCCAAUCCUUCAUUUUAUUUCACGAAGGAAAACAAAAGCAUUUUCAGACAUCUAGUUUGCUGUUAUUCUAUUUACAGUUCCGUGUUCAUUAACUCAGUAAUGAGUAUUUUUUAUUGUGGGUGUAUCUAAUCAUGUAGAUAGUUGGAAAGUACUUAAGUUUUGUAGACGUAUUUAUUAAUUGGUGCUCAGCGAGAACCUCCAAAUCUAUGUUCGUAGGGUGCACAAUGUUGCUGAUGUAUUAUAGAACCCACCUCAAGUUUUGAAAUAUUUUCUAUCAAUGACUGCAUUUUUGUAAAACAGUAUUUUUUGUACUAACUCUCACAAUAUUUUAAAAGCUAAGAGAGAAAUAUCUUGAGUUGACUUGUUCAUUUGGAGAGCAUUCAUGAAUAGACAUGCAAACAUGCCAAAUUUUGUAUGGGUAUUUACUCUGACUAUGCAAGAAAGGUAUAAGUGAACUUGAUGUAAUGACAUACAUGUGUUUCUGUAUUUCGAUUCCUCUAACAAGUACUUUGUCUUAUUGGUUUUUGUAGACUCAUACAGUUUCAGAAAAUGGAAACUCAUUUUGUGCCUUUUCCUUGGUGUAGAUUGUUCUGUUCAAAGAAAAAGGAAUCACAAAAGACAGAGCGGGGAGGUGGCAAAAGUGUGAGAAGUUUGGAAAAUGGAGGUUGAUAACCCGCUGAGAUUUCAUAUGCAGGAAAACUGUCCAAUAUCACUGCAGCGGCUUUUAUGUGAAGUCAGUUUUCAUGAUAAGGUGUUUUUGGAAUAAUUAAGUUCUGGUUACGCGUGCAGCCGACAUGAGGUAUCAAGUAUGUCACCUGUUUUGUGGUAAGAAAACAUUUUUUAGUUUUUACCCAUUUUUACAAAAUAAAGUUGUCUAUACAUGUAGUUUUACCAUA